ACGCGAUUUUAAUGUUUUGCUUUACUACUACGCUUUUCUGAGCUGAACAAAAUGCAGACAGGAGCAGUAGCACUGCUGUUUGUGUCUUUGUCCGUGUUCAGAACAAACUGUGAUGGCGGAGUGUCCUUAAGUGCUCCAGCUGUUGUUGACCUGGAGGAGAAAUUCUCCAAAAAUAUCACCAUCAAGGCAAGUUCUCCUCUGAAUUUUACUGCAUACAUCUACUUCAACAUUACGUAUGAGUCAGCAAAUUUCUCUUCAAUAAUUCAUCUUCCAGAUGUGGUUGUUUUGCCAGCAAAAAAUGUAUCCACUGUUUUUGAAGUGCAAGCAAAAAGCGUUGGACAGGUCACUGCUUAUCUGUACAGCAACAACACUGACAUCCAAAGAUUACAAACUCGAAUCAGAUUUUUGGUCAUCAGAAGCAAAGUUCUUGAUGUCAUCAACCAAAUCAUAGGAUGGAUCUACUUUCUGGCUUGGUCUAUUUCCUUCUAUCCUCAGGUGUAUGAAAACUGGAAAAGAAAAAGUGUCGUGGGCCUGAACUUUGAUUUUCUCUCACUGAACCUGACUGGAUUCAUUGCUUAUAGUGUAUUCAAUAUAGGCCUUUUUUGGGUACCUUACAUAAAGGAAGAAUUCUUGAAGGAUAAUCCAAAUGGAGUCAAUCCAGUGGAUGCCAAUGAUGUGUUUUUCAGUCUCCAUGCAGUGGUUCUUACUCUGGUCUACAUCGUUCAAUGUGCAAUAUACGAGAGAGGAGGCCAAAAGGUGUCUAAGGUGGUCAUUUUUUUCUUGGUGGUCGCUUGGACCUUCGCAUUUGUCACACUUUUUGUUGCUGUUGCUCAGAAGAUCUCCUGGAUAACUUACCUGUACUACUUCUCCUACAUCAAACUGGGUAUAACACUGAUUAAAUAUAUCCCUCAGGCAUACAUGAACUAUCAGAGACAGAGCACAGAAGGGUGGAGCAUUGGCAAUGUGUUACUGGAUUUAACAGGAGGCAGUUUCAGUGUGCUUCAGAUGUUCCUGCAGUCUUAUAACAACAACCAGUGGAAGCUUAUAUUCGGAGACCCAACAAAAUUUGGAUUGGGGAUCUUCUCAAUAUUUUUCGACAUCAUAUUUAUGAUCCAGCAUUACUGCUUGUACCGCAAUAAAGGUCCUGUGUAUCAGGUAAUGAGUGGUGAAGACUAGGGAAGGACUUUUGUUACUGCUCAGGUAAAAUGCCUUAAACUUGUAGGACUUUGGACUUACUUCACCAGAGAACAAUGAUUUUUCUAAUCAUUUUAUAAUGCAAUUUUAUAUUUAUAUUAUAAAUUCUAUGCAUAACAUUUUAACACAAAUCCGAAAGCAUUUUAAUAAUGAGUGAUUAGUAGUAGAUGGACAAACUUUUAUAUUCUUUUUCACUAAAUGAGAAGUAUAAUUGCAUAGUAUGAUGUGCCAUUUUUUUUGGAAAAAAAAAAGUCUAUCUGAAUUCAAAGAAAUUAUGUUUAAUGUAUAACUUUUUAUUUUAAUUGAUAUGGUUUUAUUAUACAUGUUGGUGACCAGGUUUGAUUUGUUAACACAAUAAUUUUCUCUACAUACUUACAUAAAGAGAGAAUCAGGAAGCAUCAUUGCUGAUGUCAGAAAAUAAGCUCCACAGCUUACAUUACAGAUUCAAGUGUGUUCUGACAGCUUCUGCCUGCUGAUAAAUGUCAGUGGAUCUUUGAGCUCGGCUACUGUAGCAGUUAGCUUGCAGCUUAGCUAAGUUACCUCAUUACUGAUAAUACCGAUGACAAAAACGACAAAAGACCAUUUAACUGUAUCCAAAUUGUAUAUAUUUUUAUGCUUCAAAAAUUCCACAUUCUGGAGAAUUUUCAUGAUGAAAUGUAAAUUGUAAUUUCAUUCAAGCAGAUUUCUUUAUUAUUAUUAUUAUUAUUAUUAUUAUUAUUUGAAUAGAGACUUUUUUUAUUAAACAGUUAUUGUGUUCAUUCCCCUCUUAAUUUGUGCUAUCAAUAAAUAAAUAAAUAAAUCAAUCAAUAAAUAAAUAGAACAGUUGGGAUUGCCAUUUUUGUUUGCCACUAACAGGGUGGGUAAAUAACAUGAAUUAAUGGCACAAUCUUGGAUGAUUUCACACUUUGACAAGUGAUUUUACACUUUAGGAGGUGCAAGAGGGAAUGGGGGAAAGAGGGAAAGUACCAUAAAGUCAAACCAACAUUUUUUUUAAACUAAGGGUUUAUAAAAAUUAACACAUUAAUUCAUUCAAGAUAUUUAAAUGAAUUACACACUUUAUAGUUCUAAAUCUGCAGUAUGUUUUCUGUCACAAAUGACACCUUAUGUAAAACUUGAAAUUUAUGAAUUGAAAUAAAUGGGACUUUUAUUAAA